AUGGAAAGGUACAAUAUUCAUUAAAUAUUUGCCAGUUAACAAAUCAAUCCAAACGAACAAACCUUACAAAAUAAUUCUUCGAGUUCCAAUCCUUAAGUCAGUUUAACUACAAUCUUAAACGAAAUCGUCAAAGAAGGAAUCCAUAAUUAGAAUACGGAAUUAUUCAUUAAAUAGUAAUUAACUCCCUUUGAUAUUUUUAGUGUGACUCUUAAUUUUCAGACAUUUUGGGAAUUGUUAUUAGUCAUCAAUUUUGAUGAAUCCUCCCAAAACGGCAAGUAACAUCUAAAUCAUUAUUACUAGUCAUCUCUUUAUCGUCACUGAAAUACUCAGGACCUAACCCGAAUAGAUCUUCGAUCAUCUCUUUCGUUUUAAUCAGAUUGAGUAUAUGGAUUCUAUGAAUUUCCUAUUCUAAACUCUUGAUAGGGACUGCAUAGAUGAGACGAUUGCUGCUUAUUUUUCAAAAUUCAUAAGUAGUUUUAUGCAAGUGAGGGGUGCAGAGGUAUUUCUAUUAAAUUAUAAAAGCUUUGGAAUUAUUUAUAAACUAAUGGAAAAUAUAUUUAUGAAGAUCUGAUGAAGAAUCUUCACAUCAAUCAUAUUGCUGAUAUUGUUUAUAAUCUAAUAGCGUUUUUUAACAAGAACGAUCAAGGUUAGAAUUAUAAUUAAGAAAGACUCUUUUUGUUAAAUAGAACUAUUGAUAUUCUAUUAAAUAAACAUUAUGAUUUAUAAAUCGUUGAAAACGUGUGCAACAUCCUCAUAGACUUAUUAAGAAACCUAACAGAUUAGGAAUUCAAAUAGAUGAUGCUUGAUAAGGUGUAUAUUCCAGAUUCCUUCUUUGAUUUGAUAGUAAUGUUUACAGUAAUCUAGUUAGUUUCUCACAAAGUCCCAUCUCUUGGCUGACCUUCUGAUAUAGCUACUCUACGAAUCCCAACAAUUUACAAUGUUAUCCCAAUAGUAUUAGCCGGAUUUUUAAUUUAACUAUCAACAAUUCGAGGUCAUCGGUAAAAAAUUCAGCCAAGCACUUACUUUGGAUCUCAACCUAAGUAUGCAUUUAUACGAAUGAUUAGAUAACUUCUCCACAAGCUAUGGAGUCUAAUCAGAAAUCUUGGGGUAAACUAAGAUCAAACUCAUACAAUUCUACCUGAAUAUUCUUUAAAGCAAUAAUUUGACUCUGAUAAACUACUUUAAUCAUCAGGAGAUUUUACUCAAUCUAAUGUUCUUUAUUCAACAGUACGAAUUCAACAAUCAACUUUAAAAUUAUUUUAUGCACAUCAUUGCUUAAAUCUUUUCAAAUACUAAUUUAGAAUUCUUGUAAAAAUAAGUUAGUUAUGAAUUGAAUAUAUUAGGAUUCUUGAGCUUCCUCAAUUAAGAAUAUUACAAACAAGUAGGUUUAAUAAGAAAACCCAUCACAAAAGGCUAUUAGGGGAUGGUCAAUAAAUUGACAGCAUUUUUCAAGGAUGUUAUAUAUACAGAGGAGUGGAAUCAAUACAUUCAAAAUCACCAAUAAAUUCUAUAUAUUGAGGAUAAUUAUCUCUUUGGCAUAAUUCCAGAAAAUAAAAAAAAUAAUCAACAAGAAGACUUGAUGUAAGAUUUACAUUUAAAUUAGAAAACCUGAAUAAAUUGAUAAGGAGGAAGAGGCUCCCCAAUAGGAAACAGAAAACAAUUAGCCUAUUUAAAUUAACGAGGACUAAGGUAUAAAAUUAAUCAUGUCUUUAGUACAAUAAGCUGUAGUUUUGGUAGAGAAUAAUUUUUAAGAUCAAUCUAAUUUUGGAGAAAUACUUGGAGAACAGAUUCUCCAUUAAAUUGCAAAAUAAAGAUAAAAUAUCUCAAAAAGCUAAUAAAUUAUUAUGAGUAAUAAUUUUGAUUUCAGUACAAAAUUUCGGAGUUUAUCACCUACUUCCACUUAGAGUAGCAACAAAGAUAAGAGAUCUAAAUCUUAGGAGAGAGUUUAUAAAAACUAGAAAGUUUCCAUUACUCAAAGCUUUAUAUUAUCUAGAAGAGCGGACAUUAAUAAGAGUCAAGAGAUUAUUCAUUGA